AUGUCAGUUAUUUUACGUGAAAACGAUUGCAUGUAUUCAGUAUUAAUUAUCAUUUUAGGUUCUAAUCUUCGUUGGAAUCAAACGGGUAAAGUAAUUUCAGGCACAGAAUCAGCUGGUUCCAGUUCUACUAAAUUCACAAAUCCUUAUUGUUUGGUUAUCGAUGCGAACAAUACACUUUAUGUUUGUGACCACCAUAAUGAUCGUGUUCAAAAAUGGUUUGCAGGAGCGAUAAGUAGCAUCACCAUAGCUGGCACUGGUGUUGGCUCGGGUGCAACUUCACUUCCACAUCCUCAAUAUCUUACUUUUGACAAAAAUGGAUACAUGUAUGUUACUGGACAUGUGCUCGAUGAAGUUUUACGCUUUCCUCCCAACUCACCCAUUGGUACAGUAGUUGUUGGAACCGGUAUGAGUGGAAAUGCAUUUAGUCAACUCGAUACACCAACAGAUAUAGUUGUUGAUGAUAAUUUCAAUGUUUAUGUCGUUGAUUCAAAAAAUCGACGAUUGAUGAAAUGGCCUCCAAAUGCAACAAGUGAUAUUGUUAUGAUUAGUGAUUUCAAUAGGGAUGGUAUAGUCGGAUUACUAUUUGCUUCUGGCUCAACAGAUGAAGUUUAUUUGAGUGAUAGUAAAACAAAUACUAUAUAUCUGUGGAAAUUUAAUGAAUCAGUUCCUACUAUGACUCUGACUCAAGUCAAUAGUACUAUAAAUACUCUUAACAAAUCACAAGAUAUCGUUACGAUUCUUCUAAUAAUUUGUAUGUUGCCGAUAAUGGUAACGAUUGAAUAG